AUGGCGGCGACUACCGAGAAGGCGGCGGGCGAGCUGAAGCAGCAGGGCGCCAUCGAGGCUGCCCAGAGGUCUAACGGCACCGUCACCUCUACACAAGCGCAGGCCAAGAUCGUGCAGGAGAGCAAUAGGGCUGGUGUCAUGGCUUUCAACUUCGACCCUGAUGCCAGCCCCGAAGCAAAGAGGGCACAGGUGCGGGCGGCUGUUCCCGAGGGCUUUCACAACCCUAAGCACAUAAAAGGGCUUGCAGUAGCCACUGACAUCGACGACGGCACUGCACCCGCCUACGACCUCCCUACCCCGAGCAAAGCUGGCGCCAUCGACGUGUCGGCAGAAACGUCCGGACUGGGAGAUGGCGAGAAUGGCGUCGAGAUGGGCCCUGACACGACUGGCUGGGCCCCUCGCUUCGGUUGGCCUUACGAGUCUAUUGCCGAUUCCCCCUCUAUGUUGGAGCACUCCACCUGGCUCGAGGGCCAGAUACCCGACAAGUUUUUUGGGGACUGGUAUUACAACGCGGGCGUAAUUGUCUUUGCCUGCUUGAGCUCCUGGUUUGUUGCCGUACUUGGCGGCGGCUUGGGCUGGGUCCUCAUUAUCAUGGCCGGCUGCUCUACGUACUACCGCACCUCUGUACGCCGCGUUCGCCGCAACUUCCGCGAUGACCUCAAUCGCGAACUGUCGCUCAAGCGCCUCGAGACCGAUACGGAAUCUCUCGAGUGGAUCAACUCGUUUCUCCUCAAGUUCUGGCCCAUCUACCAGCCCGUUCUGGCACAGACGAUCAUCAACUCCGUCGACCAGGUUCUCAGCGGUGCCACUCCUUCCUUCCUGGACAGCCUGAAGCUCAGCUCUUUCACUCUGGGCUCGAAGCCACCCCGCAUGGAACACGUAAAGACAUACCCCAAGGUGGAGGAUGAUAUUGUUGUCAUGGAUUGGAAAUUCAGCUUCACCCCCAACGACACUGCCGACAUGACUGCCCGCCAAAUCCAGAACAAGAUCAACCCAAAGGUUGUGCUUGAAAUCCGUAUCGGCAAGGCCAUGAUCAGCAAGGGCAUGGAUGUUAUUGUUGAAGACUUUGCCUUUUCUGGCAUCAUGCGCCUCAAGAUCAAGCUACAGAUUGCCUUCCCUCACAUCGAGAAGGUGGAGAUGUGCUUUUUGGAAAAGCCCUCGAUUGACUACGUCUGCAAGCCUCUCGGCGGUGAGACGUUCGGCAUCGACAUUAAUUUCGUUCCAGGCCUGGAAAGCUUCAUCCUCGAGCAGAUUCACGGCAACCUAGCUCCUAUGAUGUAUGCGCCCAAUGUCUUCCCCAUUGAGGUGGCUAAGAUGCUGUCUGGCUCGCCCGUCGACCAGGCCAUCGGAGUCUUGGCCAUCACGAUCCACGGUGCUCAGGGCUUGAAGAACACGGACAGCUUUGCAGGCAAUGUCGACCCGUACGCUGUUAUCACCUUGAACAGGCGGCAACCUCUUGCACAGACCAAGACUAUUAGGGAUACGAACUCGCCGCGCUGGAACGAGACACACUACAUUAUCAUUACGUCUUUCAACGAUUCUCUCGACAUAAUUGUGUAUGAUUUCAACGACUUCCGUAAGGACAAGGAAUUGGGCGUGGCUUCUUUCUCUCUGGAGGAUGUGGAAGAGAUCAACGAAUUUGAGAAUGAAUCCCUGGAGAUCAUCGCUGGUGGCAAAGCUCGGGGCAACCUCAGCUGUGAUGUUCGAUUUUUCCCCGUCCUAGAGGCUGAGAAGGGUCCGGACGGGAAGGUCGAGCCCCUCCCGCCAUCGAACACCGGUAUUUUGCGCUUCACCGUUGAACAGGCCAAGGAUCUAGAUGGAACAAAGAGUUUGGUUGGCCAGCUCAACCCGUAUGCCAGCCUGCUGCUGAAUGGCAAGGAAAUUCACACUACGAAAAAGCUCAAGCGCACCAACAACCCGAUCUGGGACAACGGCUCCAAGGAGAUUCUCAUCACCGAUCGCAAGGCGGCCAAAAUGGGUGUUGUUAUCAAGGACGAGCGAGACCUUGCAGGCGACCAGAUUAUGGGUACCUACCAGAUCAAGCUAGAGGACAUGCUCGAGUUCAUGGAAAAGGGCCAGGAUUGGUACAGCCUAGCAGGUGCAAAGAGCGGCCGUGUCAAGAUGCAGGCCCAAUGGAGGCCAGUCACCAUUACCGGAGUGUCCGGUGGAACUGGUGGCUAUCAAAUACCCAUUGGUGUCAUUCGAUUGCACUUCAUCAAGGGCUCCAGCCUGCGCAACUUUGAGAAGGUGGGCAAAUCCGAUCCCUAUGUGCGUGUGCUUCUCUCCGGAAUCGAGAAGGCCCGCACGGUCACGUUCAAGAACAACCUCGAUCCGGAGUGGGAUGAGGUGCUGUAUAUCCCUGUUCACAGCACGCGCGAGCGGCUACAACUGGAGGUCAUGGAUGCUGAGUCCAUGGGCCGCGACCGCAGCCUGGGUCUGGUCGAGGUCGUUGCCGGAGACUAUAUCUCGGAGGAAGAGGAUGGUUCUUAUGCCGUCAACGACACCAAGAUGCAGCGUGACGACGGACUUCGGAUGCACGGCAAGGGCAUGCCGAAGGGCAUACUCUCCUACACGGUCUCCUUUUUCCCCUGUCUGAACGUUGCUGAUCCUGAAGAUGAGGAAGAGGAGAAGGAAGCUGGCGCACCCAAGGAUGCCGCUGAAGGUGAUGCAUCCGCAACUGCUCCGGCGGCUGAGGCGGCGGACGAAAAAGCUGCUGACGCUUCUGUGGUACCGGCGAACGGUGCGGCAUCUGAGGAGGCCGUUGCGAAGGUGUCUGCCGAAUCUAAGGGUCUGCCGAAGAUCCGGCUGACGCCCGAGGAGCUUCUCAAAUAUGAGUCUGGUCUCGUGAUCUUCAAGCUCAUGGAAGCCGAGCUGCCCAAAAGCGACACACAAAUUGAGAUAUUCGUCGACGACAUGGCCUUCCCGUCUUACAUUUCGUCAAAGGCGGCGUCCCGGACUUUCACAUUUGACGAGAUGGGCGACUGUUUUAUUCGGGAGCUUGAUUUCUCGCGUCUCACGCUCAAGGUGCAUGAGCGCGGAGACAAGAAGGAUGAUGAUAAGGACCGGACGCUGGCUCGCCUGACCGGAAACACGCUGGACACGUUGAAGCAGUGCCUUAACAACCCGACGACUCUCAUGAUGAAGGGCGAGGAUGGCAAGGUCAGCACCGUCAAGAUCAGCCUGAAGUAUAUUCCUGUGCGGAUGCAGCUCGACCCGAGCGAGAGCAUUAACAAUAUGGGAAAUCUGCGGGUGGACAUUCUGGACGGCCGUGAUCUACCGGCAGCCGACACGAACGGGAAGAGUGACCCGUACUGCAAGUUCGAGCUGAACGGCCAGGAAGUUUUCAAGAGCAAGGUGCAGAAGAAGACGCUCAACCCUGUGUGGAACGAGUUCUUCGAGGUGGUGGUGCCGUCGCGGACGGGAGCCAAGUUUGCGGCCAAGGUGUACGACUAUGACUUUGCGGACAAGCCGGACUUUCUUGGUGGCGCGAAUAUUCGGCUCGACCAGCUUGAGCCGUUCAAAGCACAGGAGCUGACGCUGCCGCUUGACGGUAAGUCCGGCUCCAUCCGAGUGCGGCUGCUGUUCCGUCCAGACUACAUCACGCGUAUGAAGCAGGGCACCUCGACAUUCUCGGGAACGUUUGCGACCCCUGGAAAAAUCGUCACGGGCGUUGCGGGCGCGCCCAUCAAGGGCGGUGCUGCUGUGGUGGGUGUCGUCGGCCUUGGUGUCGGCAAGGGCGCGUCGUUCCUCCGCCGUGGAUUCAAGGGCAAGAGGGACGAUGAUGCCAAUGGCUCGGUGAGCGGCAGCUCGAUCGAGCUCUCACGCGGUUCCACGGUCAACGACAGUGGGCCUGCGGUGCCCAGCGUUAUGGUGCAGCGGGCGACUGGACUGUCGGACGCGGAGCCGUUGGCAGACUCGCCCCCCGGACCUGCAGUCAACAAUGUGAGCGGUGCUCCCCCUCUGGGCGGCCAGUCGCAUUCGCGGACGCGAAGCAUGGGUGCGUCGUCGGUUCAUAGCGUGUUACCCGGCAGCCCGGGAGCUGGUCAGGCCGUAUUUACGAUCGUGGCGGCUUCGGAAUUCCCGCCAUCAACGGACGUGUACGUGGUGCUCAACCAGCUGGGCUCGCGGUCCAAGGUGGUCGGCAAGACGAAGCACCACAAGGCAUCGGGUGGCGCAGUCAAGUUUGACGAGACGUUCAAGUUGACAUGCACACCGGACACGCAGUUCCAGAUCCAGGCGCGCGAGCAUCACAGCUUCGGCAGCGACGAAACGCUGGGUGAGUCGCUGUAUGUGGUGGAUGAGAGCGGGACGAACAGCGAAAAGGAGAUCAGGGUGGGCGACGGUGUGGUGGUGAUCAAGAGCAACUUCACGCCAAACGAGACUUCCCCCAGCGAGAGUCCAAAGUCAACGUUCCGGCGCAGUUUCUUGAGCAAGCGCGACGCGCGUGCGCCAAGCCGUGAUGGCACGCCAACUUGA